UUUAUUCUUUCUUUCUGAUUUGGUUCCUAACAGCAGAUCAGAUCAGGACCAGAGAUCUUUUCGGAUUGUACUCAAUCAUACAGUUGUGUGUUCAUGCUCAUAAAGUACUCCAGAGCUUGAGUGCAUCCAUCCUUUUUUUAUCAACACGGAUGUCCAGCUUCAAGGAGAGGAUAUGUAUCAGGGCAUAAUGACAACCAACCACGGACCCCCCUCCUAUGAGGCCGGAUUCCUCCACAACACCUCCGCGGGCACCUCUCCGGUGUACGUGCCCACCACCCGGGUCGUCACCCCCAUGAUCCCGGCGCUACCUUACCUCCAGGCGUCCGGGGCGUCGCAGCAGAGCAGCCCGGGGUCGAGCCACUCUGUCUGGGCUCAGCCGGGCGCAGAAUCGGUGUCCUCGUACAACCACUCCUCCCCGGUUUCCCCGCGGUUCAGCUUCUCCACCAGCCCUCCUCUGUCCACCGGGGUGGCCUCAGCCCGGGAGACGGCUGCGACUUCUUACGCCAGCCCGUUAAACAUCUCCGCAAACGGAAGGGAGCACUACGGCGCCCGGAGCCUCAGCGGGUCCUAUCACAGCCCUUAUCCGGCAUACAUGAGCCCCAACGUGGGGGGGACCUGGACGACGUCUCCGUUCGAGAGCCCGGUCCUUCACGGGCUCCAAACCGGGGGUCCUCCUGGUCCAGCACGACACCCAAACAUAGAUCUAUUUGAUGACUUCGCUGAGGGCAGAGAGUGUGUGAACUGUGGUGCGAUGUCCACCCCUCUCUGGAGGCGAGAUGGUACUGGCCACUACCUGUGUAACGCUUGUGGACUGUACCACAAGAUGAAUGGCAUCAACAGACCUCUUAUCAAACCUCAAAGACGCCUGUCUGCCUCAAGGAGAGUGGGCCUGUCGUGCACCAACUGUCACACCACCACCACCACCCUGUGGCGGCGAAACGCAGAGGGAGAGCCGGUGUGCAAUGCCUGCGGCCUCUACAUGAAACUCCAUGGGGUACCACGACCCCUGGCCAUGAAAAAAGAAGGGAUUCAGACCCGCAAGCGCAAACCCAAGAACCUCAACAAAUCACAAACUGGCAGUGAGGGGACCCCUGUAACACCCGGCAGCACUCCGCGAGCACCCACUACCACAGAGGAGACUCGACAGAUAAAAACAGAGCCGGACACUCAUAGCUUAUACACACACCAUAGCUCUCAUACACAGAUUUCAGCCCUGCCUGCCUACAUGACAACUCAGAGUGGAGCCCUUCCUCUAAAGAUGUCCCCUGGAGGCCACAGCGGGUCCUCUAACUCCAAAGCUGAGCCCUGGAACAACCUAAUCCUGGCCUAACAGACCAACAACCAAACCUUUAAGACCAACCAGUCUAUACUGACAUAACUCUCCAGGGAGACCAGGGCCAGCAGAAAGCAGACUGUUGCUAUGGAUGCAGAUGUUUAGUCACAUUUAAGACUAAAUUGAUGCAGUGUCUGCAGCACAACACUGGGGGACGAAUCUGUGGGUGCAACAUAGAAGCAAAGGUGUUAAACAGGACUGUUCUCUGCAACAAUCACACCAGAAAAUGGAGAAACAUGAGAAAACCUUUUCGUCUCUUAUUUUUUGUGCAGGUAAAGUGGUUAACAGAUACUGUAACGUUUACCAGUAUUUGUUUUAGUAAUGGUCUGACAUUUUUAGUUAUUAUAUUUUAUUUUUUUCAUUUUCAUACAAUGGUGCCAUAAAAUGUUGAACUCAACAUGUUGAAAUUGCAAAAGCAGAAAUAAAUACCAACAUAAGCAGAGGAAUAGUUCCAGGUUGACUUAAAGGGUCAGUUCACUUUCAUAGAAAAAACAAAAAACAUUUACUUUCAUGGCAAGUUGUAUCCAAUAACGCAAUGGUAGCAUCUUGCUAAAGACCAAGCCAAGUCUACAGAGGAUUUCCUGUUAGCUUCACCUGCUGUCCCUGCCAUUACUCUGUUUCUUCCAAGCACCACCAUGUCAUCUUGCAACCUGAUUUGGGUUUGUGUUUAAAUUGUUGCUCGAAGAUUUAACUGAUGAUGAGUGUUGUGGCUCGUACACAGAA